AUGUCGUGUUUUGAGAUGCCCGCAAGCCUGUGUAAGAGGAUCCAGUCAACAUUGACAAGGUUUUGGUGGGAUGGUAAUGACAACAAGAGGAAGAUGUGCUGGACUUCGUGGUCCAAACUCUCAAAACUGAAGCAACUAGGAGGUCUAGGUUUCCGAGACAUCCAACUGUUCAACAAAGCUCUACUGGCCAAACAGUCUUGGAGAAUCCUAACGAAACCGGAUUGUCUACUCUCUCGAGUGCUACGUGGUAAGCAUUGUCAUAAGGCACCUUUCCUCAUGGUUAAGGAGACUACAACCUGCUCCCAUGGAUGGCGUGGUAUUCUCCAUGGAAGAGACCUCCUAGCAACAAAUAUGGGCAAAGCAAUCGGAGAUGGAAACUCCACCAGAGUGUGGAAAGAACACUGGAUAAAAACCGACACUAUGGUUUGUCCAAUAGGUCCAGUGAAGGAGAAUGACCUCGACCUCUUCGUCUCUGAUCUGUUUUUACGCGGGACCAACGAGUGGGAUCGUCAGAGGAUCCGGUCCCUCCUCCCCUCAUAUGCAGACCAUAUCCUCUGUAUGAGACCGAGCCGUUAG